CCCGUAAAAUGCGGGGGUCCCCGUGAGGUCGGUCUUGUUUGAAGUUGACACGUUGUUUGGCGGGCGACACCGGCUUCGAAAAUUCUGCUUCUCUUUUUCUUCACUUUCUCCGGGACAUUUUGAGAUAUGGAUGAUUCAAGAGGACGUGACGAUUGGGGUGGCGGUAGGUGGCCAGACAGAUACUCCGAUCAGGAUUCUGGUAGCCGAGACCGAUACUCAGGAAGUCGCUCGAUUAACAGCAAGCCUGGCGAUUGGGACUGUCCAAACUGUCAGUUCUUGAACUUUGCAUCGCGAUCAAUGUGUUUCAAGUGCAGAACACCUAAAGAUUCUGAUGGGUUUGGAUCUGGAGGACGUGUGGGUGGUGGAAUGCGCGAAAUGCGCCCUGGAGACUGGGCCUGUCCCAAGUGUCAGUUCCACAAUUUCUCGUCGAGGGGCAUGUGCUACAAGUGCAAUUCUCCAAGGGGGGGUGGUGGCGGUGAUCGUUACUCUAGUCCUCGCGGUGGCAGCAGGCCUGGGGAAUGGGAUUGCCCCAGUUGCCAGUUUUCCAACUUCUCGCACAGGGAUUACUGCUUGAAGUGCAGGAUCCCCAGAGAAGGUGGACGAUCAGUUGGUGGCGGCGGUGGUGGUGGUGGUGGUGGAAUGGAUAGGAACAACAUGCGUCCAGGGGACUGGGAAUGCAAUAGCUGCCAGUUCCACAACUUUGCCUCCCGAGAUCAGUGCUUCAAGUGCAACACCCCUAAAUGAUGUGCGCUCUAGCCCAUCUACUAGAGAGAACACCAAGGACCAAGACAACGUGAAGGAGGGUGUGCCACUCGCAAUAUAUAUAUGGAAUAUUUUUAUUUAAUCCGAUUAAGAGUUUGUGUACAGUUGCUCAAGUGGUAUCGGAGGGUUUUUUUUUUUUCCUGACAUACAGUAUGUGAAGAGGCUAUUUUAAUUUGUUAUGAUUUACUCUAAAAGUGUCACGUCAUUCUGGAGAAAACUUUCUUUUUAAGUUGUGGUACAAAACGAGGGAAGGUAACAAAGCGGUCGUUCACUGCCAGAUACGUUAGUCUUUUCCUCUUAUAUAUGGUGGAGCCAGUUCUGUGCGUUAGGGGAUGUUACAGGCCAAACAGAUUUUUUUUUCUUUGUUGUAAUGGAUAUCAUUAAUAUUUUGUUUCAUCCAUAUCAUUGGUCAUUAGCUUUUAGGCGGAUGUUAUAAUUUUUUGUUAAUUGCAUUUGAAAUUUUGUUAAUUAGGAAUUACUGUCUUAGGUACCAGUUGAUGGGUUUGAUAUUGAAGUUCUUUUUGAUGUGAAUGCUUGUUACUGGGUUAUUUAUAUACAUUAUAUAUUUAUAUAUAUUUAACUUGAGUAAUUGAUGUAUAUUUGCAGCAGAAUUGUUGUUAUGGUGCAUCAGCUGAUGCUGCCUUUCUUCUCGCUUCAAUAUCAAGCCUAUGGCGACUUUAAUAAUGGAUUUCCUCUUGAAAUGUAGUCAUAAAGAACCUAGUUUUCCCUUUUGUGACUGUUUUUACGUGAAGUGGGAUUUACUACGAGUGUGUCAAAAGGCAUUACCUUUAUAUAUACGGUAUAUAUGUAUACAAAUAUAUAUAUCUGUACCUGAUUUCCCAAGAUGAAAAAAAAUAUAUAAAAGUUUAUUUUAGUAUUAGGAUGUGUAACCCAUCAGUGUGUAAGAAAGUGUGCGAUGGUCACAUUGUAAGCCUUUUGGUUUUUUCUUUUCUUUUUUUUUCUUUUUAUAUAAUUAUGGGUUUUAUCUUGAAGUAGUCCUUUUUUAUAUAUAUAAUUUUUGUGAUAUGGUGGAAAAAGGUUUAUUUUUCUCUAGAAAGAGGGGUGGUCAGUUAUCAGCGUCUGGACCGUGAUCACACCACGGCCGACAUUUAAUGUUUAAAAAAUUUUAUAUAGCGUAAGGACAACUGACAUAGGAACUUAGUUUUUGUAUGCAAAGGAGACACAUUGGUAGCUUUUGUAUUGGGUCAAGACUAAUGAUUACAAGGAGAAAUAAAUUACAGCAAAUA